AUGGCGUCGAAACCAAACAACCUCUACAUGUCCAACGGGCAGGUUCUGGACAAACCCCCACUGACCGUCCGUCUCUCCCGCUUCGUCGAGAGCAUCUAUGUCUUCUUUGGCCUCUACUUCGUGAGCCUAUUUUCUUUCGACCCCUACAGCGCCGCCCAAAACUCCAAGUUCAACGUCGUCAGCUCGCCGAAUCGAUCGAAUACGCGAUCUCGCUGGGGUGGAAGUAGCGGUGGUGGUGGUAGCGGCGGCGGCGGCGGCGGUCCAGGCGGACCGGGGGGGUUUGGACCGCGACGAAUUGGCCGAGUAGACGAUGUUCGAGGGCCGGAGUGUAAGAGUUGUGGCUAA